AUGUCCCAAUCCACCGUGAUCGAACUCACUCCCCCGGCUUCGGCCCUGCUUACACCACCGUCACCAAUAGUCCAGGAUGAUGGCAUUUCCUCUGAAAGAAAUCCUGAAACCAUGCUGGAGCAGCCUACACUCCGGAAGAGCUCUACUGCGGUGAUAUUUGUGUCGGUGACUGGCGUUACGGGUAUCAGCAGUCUCCUCGCUGGCCUGAUAACUGUCAUUCUGCCAACAUUAGCAAAAGACCUGCAUAUUCCUCCUUCUGUCCUUCUUUGGCCUUCGUCAAUCUAUGCUUUAACGUGCGGUUGCUCACUGAUUCUUUCAGGAGCUGUGGCCGACGUGGUAGGCAACCGCUUCAUGUAUCUGCUAGGAUGCCUACUUCAAUGCGCAUUCACAUUGGCAUGCGGGCUGGCACAGAGCAAUUUGCAGCUGCUCUUCUUUCGCGCUCUUGCCGGCGUCGCAAUUGCCUUCUGUCUGCCCUCCGCAGUGAGUCUCAUCACGUCGUAUUUCCCUCACGGGCAGCGUCGCAAUUUUGCGUUUGCAAUGAUGGGCGCUGGUCAGCCUGUAGGCUUUUCAAUCGGCCUUGUCGUGGGUGGCAUCUUGACCGAUGGCCCUGGAUGGCGGGCGGGUUUCUAUAUCGCAGCCGCCAUUAAUGCUGUCCUUUUUGUUCUGGCCGUCACUGGUCUGCCAAAACCGGCACAGCCAACGCAGAUGUCAGUCAAGAGACUGGCAACGGAGAUUGACUGGCCGGGAGCUUUGAUUCUCAGCACUACGCUGGGUCUCUUCUCGUACGUGUUUGCUGUCUUGACCGGCAAUGUUUCAAGCAUCAAAUCACCUGCAAACAUUGCAUGUUUGUCGACGGCCGCGGCUCUGAUCCCAGCAUUCAUCUUUUGGGUUGGCCGACAGGAGAAGCUCAACCGUCCAGCAAUCAUCCCGAACUCGCUGUGGCGCAAUAGGAUCUUCACGAGCGUCUGCAUCGACGUCUUUCUGGCAUGGGGGGCAUUCAAUGCAACCGAAACCCUUCUUACCUUCUUUUUCCAGGAUAUUCAGCACCUCAGCGCCACUCAGACCUCUCUGCGUUUCUUACCAGCUCCGGCUUCUGGUAUUGCCACGAAUAUUCUUAUGGGGCUGGCGGUGCACAGAAUUCGCGCAGACUGGGCCGUCAUCGCAACUAUGGCCAUCUCCUGUGUCUCGCCCCUUCUAGUGGCCAUCAUGAGAGUCCGCGCACCUUAUUGGGAGUACGUUUUCCCAGCUAUAACGUUAAAUGCCAUAGGACCAGACGUCCUCUUUACUGUUUCCAACUUGGUCAUUACUGCCGCAUUCCCAGAGAAGACCCAGGCAUUGGCAGGAGGAGUCUUCAACACCGUGGCACAAAUCGGCAAGAGUGUCGGCCUUGCACUAUCCGCCGUGAUCGCAGAAAGCAUCACAAUGCAGUCAGACUAUCCAGAUAAACAUGCACCAAAGGCACUAAUGGAAGGAUACAGAGCAGCCUUUUGGUUCUGCCUAGCUGUGACAUCAAGCACCCUUGUAGUGAGUCUCUGGGGUUUGAGAAACAUUGGAAAAAUCGGGCUGAAGCGAGACUGA